ACCCAGCAGGGAACACUGGCUACAAGUGCUGCGGCUGGGGAAUAGCGGACUUUCUCAGGGAGCCACGCGGACGCGAGUGCUCCCGCUCCAGCUCCACCCGUAGCCGAAGCAAAGGAAACUUUGCCUUCUCGUUUGAGGGAUUCUGUCACGGGAACGUGUGAGUCCCUGGAUAAAUUUGGCUUGGUGACGGCAGUGUGCUCUCUCCACAGAUACUGCCACUUCCUCCUUGCUCCUUUUCUCCCAUGACCUGAGUUUCUCCCUGCUAACCCCGUGACAGGUCAGAAGACUUGCCCUUUCCAUGCCACCACAUUCCCUUUCUCAUGUGUGUCCCUCUCAUGAGGAACUGAGGUGAAGGUGUCCUUACCCAGCCAUGACUAUAAAGGAAAUGGGGACCAGAGGAGCAGGCCUCUCUAUAGCACGGGCUUAGAUUCUUCAGGGUUCUUAUCUAACUGUGUUGCCAGUGGAAGAAUUUCUGGAAAUUGCUGCAGAAAUUCUAUCCAGCUCUCAUGGAGCUCCACUCCCUGACUAAGAGGAACAGACCAGAAGACCUGUACAAUGCUGUGGACUGGAGUUCAGGGGGUUCUUUUGGUGACCAGGGAGAGGAAGCAGCCAUCAGAGGUACUCUUUGCUCUCAGAAAAACUCUGCAGCCACACCAGGAGCAGCUGUAGUGGAAGUGUCUAGACUUAACUCUUCUCCAGCAUCCUCAGCGUCCUUGCUCCAAGACAAUGCUAUUCAGCCACGCUUUUUCCCUCCAGGACCUCCUGACUCAGGGGACAACCAAGUAAUGGCAGACCGUAAAGUCUGCAAUUGUUGCAGCCAGGAACUAGAAACGUCUUUUACUUAUGUGGAUGAGAAUGUCAACUUAGAACAGAGAAGUCAGAGAUCCCCAUCAGCAAAAGGCAGUCAUCACCCUGGCGAACUCACCUGGGGGAACCCUAACGAGUGGUCCCAUGAGGCUGCCAUGUCUUUGAUAUCUGAAGAUGAGGAUGAUACAAGCUCAGAAGCCACAUCUUCAGGGAAGUCCAUAGACUACGGUUUCAUCAGUGCCAUCUUGUUCUUGGUUACUGGUAUCUUGCUGGUGAUCAUUUCUUAUAUUGUCCCUCGGGAGGUGACAGUGGAUCCCAAUACCGUGGCAGCCCGGGAGAUGGAGCGCCUAGAAAAGGAGAGUGCAAGGCUAGGUGCACACCUGGACCGCUGUGUGAUAGCUGGGCUCUGCCUCCUCACACUCGGGGGAGUUGUCCUCUCAUGCUUGCUGAUGAUGUCUAUGUGGAAGGGGGAGCUCUAUCGUCGAAACAGGUUUGCCUCUUCCAAAGACUCUGCAAAACUCUACGGUUCUUUCAACUUCAGGAUGAAAACCAGCGCUAAUGAAAACACCCUGGAACUGUCCUUGGUGGAGGAAGAUACCCUUGCUGUACAGAGUUAAUUCUGAACUUCUUGAGAGAAAACUAUACGUUUGGUGUGGAAAAAAAAAUUAAAUCACCGGUGUCCUUUAUUUGUUUGGCAAGAAAAUUUUCCUUUUGUUGUGGUUGUUUUCCACAUCCCAAAAGCCAGCCAGUGUUCUGUUUCCAUGGAUCUUUUAUUAAGAAAACCUGUGUAAGAUGUAAAAGAAACCAUGGCCAUCUAUUCCUGACUUACUGCAAACUGAAAACUAAUUCACCUGUAAUGAGUGUGAAUUUCUAUUUCUAUAGCAAAAUACUUCCACUGACCUAAUAUACAAGUGUUUUCUUUUUACAUAAACAUGGACAUUAUUAUUAGGUAAUGGGAGGGCUCCUGCACAAUGGGUCCACGUGGCAAUCUAUUCUGUGAAACACAAGCACUGAUUAAAGAGCAAAGCUUACGUUUAAUUUCCAAAGUGCUUUUCCGUUUUCUUGCUAAAAUUUUAUCCCUGUAAUUUGACUAAACACUAAAAUGUAGACGUUGGGAGUGUGAAUGAUUUGAAACUUAAAAAUAAUGGUUAUUUUUUAAAAGCUAUAAAAUACUAUAUUUUAAAUUAUUACUAUAUUAGAAAUGACAACUAUGUCAUUAAUAUGUACCUUCUUAUAACGAAAAUUAUAUAAGUCAUCUUCAGACCCAUGUGAGAGGUUAACUGUUAACAUAAGGUGUUUUCCUGAAGCCUUUUUUUCCCAAUGAAGUAGAGUAGUUGUUGAUACAUACUUUGUUUCCUUGUGGAUUUGCCUUCAGCCUGAUGACCUGUGCCCUUGAAAUCUUUACUUCUCAAACAUGUGUGGCAAAGGAUUACAUUUGAAGAACAUAUCUUCUGGAAGCCAAACAUCUAGACAGGUCUGAGUCAUAAACAGGCCUGGUAUGCUUCCCAGGUGAUAUUUUGUGGUGGUGGUUUGGAGAAAACCUCCAGUAUAAUUGCAGCUAGACUCCUGGGAACUAUGCCUAGUAUAAGUCAUUACUUUAAAAGUCCUUAAGCCUAUAGCCAAAAUCUUAUACUGUAAAGAGAAAAAUCAAACUCAUUAAUUUAGUGGGAGUUGUGUUCAUCACUAUCCUGAUUCCCCUUGACAGGAUCUAGAGAUCAUCCUGACAACCUACUUCAGACCCUUCAGGACCACGUUCUCCCCUCAUAAAGUGAAGUGUUUAGUCUAUGAGAGGUUCUGUCAGCAAGGUGGUCAGGAAAGAGAUGGGAAAUUCAGCCUAAGAAACAUCUGUAUUGCACUGAUGUUCCUUGAAGUGACCCGUACCCUUCCACUUAGGUGUUUUAUUAGUAUAAAAUGAGUUCAUUCUUAAAGAGGACUGGAGCCAGGAACGGGUGUGAGUGAAAGGAUGAGCUAGUGAGAAAGGGAUUUUGUUGGAGAUUCUUAAGCGUAAAGAAGUCUAAGUCUAACCUGUGUUGUUGCUGAGGGCUGUGGGUGAACUAUAUGAGUUUGUGUAUCUGUAUGAAUGAGUUCUUGUGGAUAUCAGAGCCAUUUGUUGAGUUAUCUUUAUUGCAAGUUAAAGGAAAGCACAGUAGUGGAGGAUUAGGUAGGGGUGGCAAGCAUGUCACAGAAUUCUUAGGGAAAAGUAAGAAAAGUGUGGGAACUGUAUAUGUAGCCCCUUUGCCUGUAGAAUAAAGUACUUGACCAUGAAGUGCUGGCUUACAGAGCCACGAAGCACGAGAAAGACCAUGUAUUUUGUGUGUUGCAGCUAGUCCUUUGUGCUCUGUUGCUCUAUGACUCUCAGGUCAUCUGUGCUGAAGGCAACUUCCUAGAAGUUUAGAAUUUACCUUCUGGAGGUUUAUUCAUGUUUAAUUCCUAGUCUGCUUGAGGAACCACUUUGGAGAUGUUGCAGUAAGAAGGGAGUAAUCUAUCUCCAUGAGUGAGUAGAUCUGAGCUGGGUUCAAAGUGCAACGACAAAAUUUGUAAAAUAAAAUUUAAACCAGUUUAAUGCCAGGCCUGGUGAGUCAUGCCUUGACUCUGACACUUGAGAGGCUGAAGCAGGAAGAUUAGUGCAAGGUCAAGGCCAACUUAGACUACAUAGUGGGUUCCAAGACAGCCUGGUAUAUAGAGUGAGACUAUCUCAAAAAAAUAAUAAACUAUUCAUGUUUAUUUGUAUGAGAUCUCUGAAAUUUGUUUUUAUCUAUUUGAAAACCAUAAUUAGUUUCAUAGCAAAUUAAACAGCACUAAUUUGUGGUCCAAUUUUCCAUUCUUGAUGAGCUUGAAAUUAAACAUGAAGGCUGUCCUUUCCAUCCUAUAAAACUAAUGAUAAGAAUAAAAACAAAAAACAAACAAACAAACAAAAAAACCCAGAGUUCUUCAAUACAAGAAAAGUUAAUGAACUCACUGUGCUGCUAAAUAGUAGAGAGACAUUCUAAAGGCAGCACUUUUUAAAAUGCCUUUUCAGAAAAGAAGGUUCUAACGUGAAAGUAAGCAAAUGAUCAUUUCCACGUUAUCUCAAACUGCUCAAACACAGAGAGCAUGACCCAAGGUUCUGGUGAUACGAGGGAAGGCUAUUACACCCAAAGGGACCAAUUGAGAAAAUUACCCAGACGCUUUCUUUAGGCUGUGUUGAUGUAAUUCUAAUAAUUACCUUUAUCUUACCCUCACCCAUUCUGUUAGUGCCUGUCUUUGAGAUGAUUUCUUGAUUUUUAAAAUGAAGCCGAGGAAUAUGGACAUGGCUCAGGGUACAACACUUGCCUAGCCUGUGUGAGACCCCGAGUCAGGCCCUCAGCACUGCAAGAAAAUAACAAUAAAGAUAAAGGUAACACUGACAAAGAAAAAUUCUGAACUUUCUGCACCAUUGAUUUCAAUACAAUCCCAAGUGGUUUGGGUACUAAAAUUGCUUUGGCCUGACCAUGUGAGAAACCAGAUAUUGAAUAGACUGAGGCAAUGCUGUUGACCUUGGAUCUUUCUUGGGCUGUGUGGAGAUCUCUUCCACAUGGUGACAGUUGUUAUCUGUGGAAGCUUCACACAGUUAAUGUGUAGCCUUCCUAAUGUUUCUGAUAACCUGUCCCCUUCGGGGCAUUGGAAACUGCUGUAGUGUUUGUGUGGCUUUUUGCAAUGCUCUUUCCCUGCCAGCCAUUUGGGGCGCCUGAUGUGGCCAUGCAAUAUUUUGUGCUGGCCCUUCAUGGGAAACCAUUGUCUUUCCUACCUUCUUGCUAGGUACUAAUUCUAUGAUUUAGAAGAACAGCAGGUGGCUGGGAACCAUCAAGUUCUCUCUGGCCUGGGUGUUUUCACCCAUGCGACUGCUGGGUCCCUUAAUUCUAUAAUACCCAGAUAUUUAUUUACCUUGAUAUCAAAAACUUAAACUGUACCUGAGCCCAUCAUCUCCCUUUUUGAAAAAUCUGUUUUGAAGCUUAGUUUGACCCUGGAUAGCACAUAUCCUUUCAAGGCUCAAAUGUAAACAAACUGCCAUACCAACGUUUUUGUGCCGUCCCCUCCUCUGUCCCUAGAGUGAAGUCAAAUUAGGGAAAGCAGACCAUGAUAAUUUUAUAUCAAGAAUUAAGGAUCUGAACACAUAGAUAUUUACUUUUGUUUUCUUUUGAGUUUCUUUACAAUAAGAAAGCAUUCUAAGCAAUUACAUAAUGAACACUCUGGUUUUUAUCUCUCAAGUGUGUACACAUAUGAAACUCUUAUCUGGAUUAGCGGUCAGAGCAACAGGGAAAACACCUGUGUAUCUGUUAGAAGAUUUUCCAGUCCGAAUAUCUGAUUCUACUGCAUCAGCUCAAGAUCUCACAAAACAUGUGGCCUGACAAAAGAGAGUGGCAAUGCAUGUCAAGGGUUCCCUUGUGGCAGUAAGAUGCAGUGUCACCCCCUAGAUCUAAAUGCACCACAGAACAACAUACAUCCUUACAGUUUUCUGGAAUGGCUUUAGCUUUUCUCAAACUGGGCAUAAACAGUGACCAUGAUGAGAGAGUUAAAAUGAAGUCUCAAUGGGCUUUUUCUCAGGAACUCAUAAGACGGAUAAUUAACAGUGUUGACUUGCAGAUUCUUUUCAGCUAUAUCAUUUUAUGGUCCACAUAAUAUUCUGUAAAAUCUCUCUUUCAGUUUUUAUGGGCAUAUAACUUUGGAAUGAAUUCGCCUCACUGACAUCAACAUUGUCAAAAGGGAAGGUACUAGUGCAAAAAUACAGAAUUGCUUCCAAAAAUCCAUGACUUAACUUAAAAGCAUAAUCAUAGCUUUUGUUAGUUAAGUAUGCAGGUUGCUGUGUAGAAACCUGUAUAUAUGUUAGGGUAUGUUUUAUAGGUACAGAACCUUAGUAUUUGUAAGCUAUUGUUAGACUAAUUGUCUUAUUGGAAUUUGGCAUGCCUUAAUGUUAAUUUUAUGAACAAGAAGUCUUUCAUGGGUAACUAAUAAAGAAUUUGGAAUCAACCUCAGAAUGAAAUGCUGUAAGAACAUAAACCUAUUUUGUUUGUUCAGAGACCUACAAAUGGUUUUUGUUUUUAACCUUUCAAUUAUAAGCUCAUAAGUUUGUGGAAUGUUUAUAAAUUAUUUUAUCUUGAGUUAAUAUUUUCUUACCUAGAAAUGUGGCCAGCACUGUCUUUGGCUCCCAAGUUUAGGGACUCCCCUGUGGUUCAGAAACAGCUAGUCUCACUUCUCACUGCUAUGUGAUUGCUUCUCACACAGACUGCAAACCAAUUUGAGUAAGGAGGCAAAGAUGGAUCUUCCUCUGCUGUGUAUUUCUCUGUGAUUCUUUCCUGGCUUUUCAUCCUACUGUUCUUGCCAACUGAAAGUACUUGAUGUUGAUUGUGUAUUUUUUGAUAUUAUAAAGGGCAGUCAUAGAAGAUGAUGGGCUUUUUCCUCACGACAUUUGAUGCCUUAUAAGGUAAUUAUGUCCUAUCAAUUUGAAAUAAAAAUAUUU